GCCAUGAUUGAAUUGAGCUUGUUCGAGCCGUUGGGCAAGUCUGUGGACAGCAAUGGCAUCGACGAUGGAUGUCAACGAGAACCGCCAGCAUGAAAACCGAGUGCUUUGCAUUUUCAUGACCGCCCUAGGCUUGCUCUUCGUGAUCUUGCGACUUCUAGCGCGGUGGAAGAAGGGCUUAUCGGUUGGACCGGACGAUUAUACCAUACUUGUAGGUAUUAUGUACGCGCGGAUCUUUCCAACGCGGAACUUCCGCAUCGCUUCUCUCGUCCUCGGCAGCAUCGCAGUCUGCUGGGUCAUGGCAAUCAUCUGUGUGAGCGUGUUUCAGUGCGCUCCCAUCGCGAAGGCCUGGGACCAGCAGCUCCCAGGCAGCUGCAUCAACCUGAAGGGAUCGUUCAUCGGCAACGCAGUCCCGAACAUUGUGACUGAUGUGGCGAUCCUCUCAUUACCAGUGCGUGUAGUCUGGGGUCUGCACGCCUCCCUUACGCAUCGACUGUCGGUGAUCGCCGUAUUCCUGCUGGGCAGUUUCGUCGUGUUCACCAGCGCCUACCGCUUGUCCUCGCUCUUCCAGUUCGAACCAGCCGACACCCCCUGGACACUUGCCACGGCCAACACAUGGUGUCUCAUCGAGUGCGCAAGUGGGAUCAUCUCCGCCUGUCUCCCGACCCUGCGGCCGCUGUUUGUGGCGCUCUCAUCCAAAUUCGCCAGCAGCGUGGGAGGAGGCUCGCGCGGACGAUCGGUCGAGAAUGGCAUCAAGGACUCCGAGCUCCAGAGCUUAGAUGCCCUCAACCCCACAUUGCGGCCGCCUGGCGAGCACCUAUCCAGACAGCUUGUGUUGAUGGAUGUAAGCCAGCGGGAUAACGCUUACGGGGAUGAGGUGCCGCUGAAUACAAUCCGAGUACAGCGCGAGAUCACUUGGCAGGAGACGAGGGACAUCCAUCCGCGAGAACGUAAAUGAUGAGAUUGUGUGUCUAUGAGCAAAAUGCGUUCACCAUGGGACUCGGGUUGUAUCAACGAGUAGUAUGUAUCUUGGCUAGAUGAGAUGACAGUGAGGAGGGGUGAGCGCCAGGCAGGCGAACAGGAGCGCUUUCUCGCUUAGGAGGAACCAUGGGGCAUUUCUAGUCCAUCUUUGUAAUGUUCCGCCUUUCGUUUGUGAAGGAAUCCAUACAGUGGGACCACUCAAACGAGACAAACUGAUCUUUGAAAGUAUUUCAAGACAGUGGCAUCGAAGCAUCCGGACAAAUGUGCAGAUAUA